AUGUCGGUGUACAUCGUCGAAACGCCGCCUCAUUCUGUGGAUGCCAGCGCAGACGACGUACGGCGGCCAUUGUUUCGCGGCAGCCUUUGUCAUCUUCGCAAGGAGGAAUGUUUUUUGCCGGCCGGAAGGCCCGGUUUCCAACAGCCUGAGGCGUCGUCAAAAACGCAAACUGUUUUCACGUUGCUCGAGGCGGUUCGGCUUUUUGCCUUAAUAGACGUGUCGAAGCAUUACCCUGAUCAUCAACAUUCGCAGCGACCGACUGUUACCGUUGUUCGAGCGAUGCGUCCGUUCGUCGUGUUGCUGUGGUCGUCCGCGAGUGUCCUGCUGGGCUUCGACGUGGCCACUUGCGAGAGACACGAGCCACUGGUAUACAGUUUCGAUCCUCUGGACCCUGGUCGAGUGACCAUCCACUGGAAUCAGCUGAUUCCGGUGACAAGGAUCAACGACUUGUCGUCGCGCGAGGUCUACUACCAGAUGGACAACGUGACUCAUGUGCUAAGCGAUGAGUUCGGCCACUGGCAGACACUGCUUACCGAUGACAACGACGUGGGCAAGGUGGCCCGAUUCGUUUUCAUCAAACACCACCUGUGCCGAGAAAAGGAGUUUCGAAUAUCUUGGGUCGGCGACAAGAACGAUUCGCAUACGGAACAUAAAGUGAGGCUGGGCUCUUCGCCAACCGCCUGGGCCGCUACUUUCGACGCGGACAUUGCAAAGCCGGUGUACGAUCAGCAGAAAAACGAGAUCAGAAUUGGCAUCAAAUGGAAUGUGACCUCUAAUCCACUGGACGAACGUCUCGUUGUCGUAAAACCUCCGUUUCCGUCGCUUCAGCUGAGGUCGUGCACAAACAUCUUUUCCAAGUGGGUUGAGGAACCGUAUUUCGAUGAGAAAAUCAGCAGCUUUGUGCUCGACCCUCAAUACGCCGAAAGCAAUUGCGACUUCGUCGUUUCGCUGAAUGUCAUGACGUACCACGCGGAGCACGAAUGUAAAGAGCUGCAUCGCACGUCCAUUUUCAGCGGUCCCAUUGUAAAGCUGGCGUGCAACGACGUGGAGCAUUAUCCCUGUGACGUAGACGCUUCUGCCGAUAUUUGCAAGUACCGAUGUAAAGGAAAGGUGACCUCGGAGGCUCGUCGAGGAAGCCGUCCAGGAAGUGACCCAUACGUUACCGUCGCUUGGGAGUUUCCUCCAGGGAAACCGAUUACCUCGUACACGGUCAGGACAUCGGAGGUGGAUUUCAUUUGGAACAACCACCCGAUCGCAGAGUAUAACACCACAUUACAAAACUUUCGCUCAAACGUCACCAAAAUGGAACUACUGCCAUUUUCCAAGCUGUUGAACACGUUCUAUACUUUUCAAGUGUGCGCUAACCUCGAUGGGUGCUCCAGUGAGCCAGAUUGGACGAAAGCUCCAAAUUAUCCCAUUUUUGUGAAUGGAAUGAUUAUGUCUCUUCCGCCGCCACCGACUCCGACCCCAAGAACAACCAGAAGAACGACGAAAACCACAACCACCGCCGCCGCACGCUCUUCUACCAUACGACAACGACCCGUUGCAAAAGCGGAUCAAUCUGCAGGACGUCUCGACGGCACCCAAAGGCAACCCCAAUCCAUUGCAUCGCCACCGUCGCGCCCCAUAUCGUCGCUGACUACCACACCGCAACAAGAACGGACUCAAGCUGGAAACCCAAACAGCUCGAUCAGACCCUCAUCGAUUCUGUUUACUGUCAUUGUGUGCUAUUUAAUUUCUGUAUUCUACUGA